GCUGCGGCUGCGAAUGGGCUUGGGCGGCUCCUCGGCGGGUGGCGGCGGUGGCCGGAGCGGUGCGUCCUGGCCCUGCUGAUGUCGGGGCCGGGCCCGGGGAGGAUGGCGCCCUAGAGCCCGGGCUCGCGGGGACGGGCGGGCGCCGGCCAUGUCGGAGGUGACCCGCAGUCUGCUGCAGCGCUGGGGCGCCAGCUUCAGGAGGGGCGCCGACUUCGACUCCUGGGGCCAGCUGGUGGAGGCGAUAGACGAGUAUCAGAUAUUAGCAAGACAUCUACAAAAAGAGGCCCAAGCUCAACACAAUAAUUCUGAAUUCACAGAAGAACAAAAGAAAACCAUAGGCAAAAUUGCAACAUGCUUGGAAUUACGAAGUGCAGCUUUGCAGUCCACACAGUCUCAAGAAGAAUUUAAACUGGAGGACCUGAAGAAGCUAGAACCAAUCCUAAAGAAUAUUCUUACAUAUAAUAAAGAGUUCCCAUUUGAUGUUCAACCUGUCCCUUUAAGAAGAAUUUUAGCACCCGGUGAAGAAGAGCAUUUGGAAUUUGAAGAAGAUGAAGAAGAGGGUGGUGCUGGAGCAGGGUCUCCUGAUUCCUUUCCUGCUAGAGUUCCUGGCACUUUACUACCCAGGCUGCCGGCAGAACCAGGGAUGACGUCGCUCACUAUCAGAAUUGAGAAAAUCGGUCUGAAGGAUGCGGGGCAGUGCAUCGAUCCCUAUAUUACAGUUAGUGUAAAGGAUCUGAAUGGCAUAGAUUUAACUCCUGUGCAAGAUACUCCUGUGGCUUCAAGAAAAGAAGAUACGUACGUUCAUUUUAAUGUGGACAUUGAGCUCCAGAAGCAUGUUGAAAAAUUAACCAAAGGUGCAGCUAUCUUCUUUGAAUUCAAACACUACAAGCCUAAAAAAAGGUUCACCAGCACCAAGUGCUUUGCUUUCAUGGAGAUGGAUGAAAUUAAAGCCGGGCCGAUUGUAAUAGAACUAUACAAGAAACCCACUGACUUUAAAAGAAAGAAAUUGCAGUUAUUGACCAAGAAACCACUUUAUCUUCAUCUACAUCAGACUUUGCACAAGGAAUGACCCCGACAUGAGUCACCUGGAACGUCUGUGAAUCCUCCCACUCAGUAGCGACCAUCCCAGCUCCGCGGAGCGCACUCGCCUCCAGCAGGCGGGGGGCAGGCCGCACGGGCGCCGGCAGGCCGGAGCGAGCCCGCCCCGCUCACAGCCCGGCACGCCACUGACACAGACGACUCCUUUGGAUGCGGGCUUGUAGUUUUGAAACGUGUUUUAACUUUUAUAGUGUUUGUGCAAUUCAUAGUCUCUUUUCCUAACUUACCACUGUUCCUGCCCUGCUUCCUGGAACAACACUGCUGUGGGUAGGACGUGCUCGUCUUCAAAAUUAAUACAGCAAUAAGAAUGUGCUAGAGUUUACACGUCCGUUCACUUCUGCUCCAGUAUGCUUUUUUGGUUUUUUGAGUGAAUGCCAAACUUUGAGCUGAUGGGGGGAGGAUCGUAUGAGACUGCGUUGAGAGAAGGAAUUGGAUCGCGUAGGCUCCCAGGGCAGGUCAGCCUGGAGACGUACGCAGUUCCUCAGAGGUGGCCUAAAUUCACCCUGCUCUCAUGGUUUUCCUGUUUAGAAAUCGUGUGCCUUGGCCAGAUCAGUAUCCCAGAUGGGAGUGUUCCCAGGUCGUAGCUGUGAUUUUUCCAGAUGACCAGAUUGUUUUUCUGAAAGAGCACAUUUGUAGUCCUGUUGAUUAGCUGUUCUUCCCAUCACGUUAUUUGUUCUGGUAGUGAUUCUAGGGGUAACGAUGGAACAUGUCAGAGUAAUUACAGAUUUCUAGAUGGCUUUGUAACGCCCUCUAAGUCACGUCAUCUAAGCUGAGUCAGAUGCUAACGAGAUAGUGCAGGGGUAACUGCUGUUUUCCUGACAACUGAUUGUGAAACCUUAAAGCCUGCAUACCUCUUAGGUGGUGAGUAUGCAAAAGCUGGAGCUCCUCUAGUUGUUUCUAUAUAGGUAGAUAGGAUUGCCAUUUAUUUCCUCUGUAGAUAUAUUGACUUUCAUCCAUAUGGGAAUAUGCAGGUCAUUAGCUUAUUAUAAUUUGACUAUUUACAUUACUUUUGACUUAAUGGGGCAUAAAUAAAACUUUCAGAGGACACAUGAGGUGGAUGGAUAUGUGAUCCGCAGAACAUUAGGAUGGGGGGGUUGGAUGCAGACCCACACGUUCAACAUUCCCCGUGUUAACGACCACUGCUGGUAGGAGGGCAAUGCAGCGCCAGUACUGGGCCUGUUCCUAAACUAGUGUAUUAACCCGAGUCCUACUGCUGGAUGUGUGCUUUUUAAAGUAGCCACAGUGAAGUGUUCUGGUCCUUAUACUUCAAGAAAGCUGGUCUUUACUUCCGGUUGUCUGUCUGUUCUGUUAGAGAUGGAUGUUAAAAACUUGGAGCCUGAAAGAAUUCACAACCAAAAUUGAGUCUUGUCUGUCUUAAUUAGAUUAAUUCCAAAAAUGAUUCAGUCCACAAUAGCUCAAGGGGAUGAAGAAUUUGCCUUAAUAAAUUACCUUGUUUGUUCACUCAACCCUUAGACUGAGUUGUCAGCCCCCGACUGUCAGCUUCUCAAGGGGCAAGAACCACAUUUUCUUCAAGUCCUGUACAUGUUCUAAGGUGCUUGGCAGCGCUCUGUACCCUGUGGAGUACUCAGUACCUUCUGUCGGAUGUUGCUGACGAGACCUAAAAAAAUAAUCCCUUAAAGUACCUACUAUUAAAAUGUAGCAAAACUGA